AUGGAUUAGGCACAUAUGAAUCAGAUGUUUCUUGUGAAUAUGAAGCAGGGUUAUGGGGCAUAAAUAAACCGGGCAUAUGUGCUCCUGUUGAAGGUGUUUCAGAUAUGGGUGUUAUUGAUGUAAAUUUCCUGGGCAUAGACGAGCCAGAGGUCGUAGGUAUUGAUGGUAAAGGUUUAGGUCCGGGCAUAUAUGUUCGAGGCAUAAAUGAAUCAGUUGUUGUAGGUGAUGCUUGUAAGAAUUCAUCAGAUGUAGGUGUUGCAGGAGCAAAUGCUCUGGGUACAAAUGAUCCGGAAUUAGGUGUUCUUGCUGAAGACGUUGAAGGUGAUGUAGGUGUUGUAGGAGCAAGUGCUCUGGGUACAAAUGAUCCGGAAUUAGGUGUUCUUGCUGAAGACGUUGAAGGAGAUGUAGGUGUUGUAGGAGCAAGUGCUCUGGGUAUAAAUGACACCGAAUUAGGCGUUCUUGUUGAAGGCGUUGAAGGUGUUGAUUGUAAGAACACAUCAGAUGUAGGUGUUGUAGGAUCAAAUGCUCUGGGUACAAAGAAUCCAGAAUUAGGUGUUCCUGUUGAAGAUUUCUUUUGCCUUCUUUUGGCAAACCAAAUGCCAACGCAAAAUAAAACUCCAAUUAAAACAAUUGCACAGAUGCCAACUCCAACUCCGAUAUUAAAUGCAUCACUAGGUUGUUUAUAUGCAAUAGAAGCUAUUGGAUCUGUUGAAGCUUUAGCAGCUAAUCUGUUCAAUAAUGAUGGUGUCAGCGAUUUCGUUAAAUCAGAUAUGAGGAUCAUCAGCGACCAUUAG